AUGGACAGCUGUGAUGAAUAUGAAAAUGAAAGUGAGAAGUCAGAAGAUGAAUUUGCAUUUGAAUCAGACCAUUUAGCCUUAAGAGGAAACAAAGACUACUGCAAGUUACUCAAAUACAUAGUUAAAUUAGAAGCACAAAAGACACAAGCUCUAAAAGACAUAGAAACUUUAGCUGAAUCUCAGAAUAAAGCCUUGGAUGACCCUUUGACGUUUAUUGAUGAUCUCAGAUCCGGAAACAUUCAAUUUCCUGCUCAUCAAACUAUCUCUGAUUUGCCCAAUAUAAACUGGAAUGAGUAUGGAAUAGAUGUUACAGACACAAUAGGUGCUAGUGAGUCAAAACAAUGUAAGGAAGAAUUAGAUUCUAGUUUCAAAGUUAGAGGGCGGAAGUUCACAGACAAUAAACCAGAGACGUUCAAUCAGUUAUGGUCAUGUGAAGAGCAAAAAAGAUUAGAGGAAUUGUUAGAAAUUUAUCCUGAAGAGCCUAUUGAAGCGAGAAGGUAUAAAAAAAUAGCACAAGCCCUUGGCACAAGGACCCCAAUACAAGUUAUGAGCAGGAUUCAAAAGUAUUUCGCUAAGUUAGCGAAAGCAGGUCUGCCCAUUCCAGGCAGAGCACCCAAAGGUGUUGGACGAGAUAAAAACAAGUCUAUAUUUUAUAAGAAAUCUACAUUUUUUCCUCAAUUGCAUGUUCCUGUAAAUAUGGAGGACUCUUGUGACAGUGGGGAAGGACACGACAAUAUGUCCUCUUUAGAAACUAAAAAUGAUGGUAAAUACAUGUUGGAACUAUUGAAAUUAGCUAAAGAACAGAGAGUUUUAGAUGAAACCACACCAGUUUAUCAAACUAAGACCAUGUGUGUUGGUUGUCAAAAAAUGGGUUUUUUAGGAGCAAGGUGGACAGACAAUUCGGGUACUGACUAUUGCACAGACUGCGUGGUGAGAUUAUUACCUGCUGAAAGACUUAUUCCAGUGAGACAUUUAACUUGAUGCAAUAAAAUGCUCAGCUUA